CACUCUCCGCCCCGGCCGCCAUUGCCUCGUGCCCGCGCCGGUCGGUUGGUGGCGCCUUUGUCCUACGGCGGGCAGGUGGGCUGAAGCGGAGGCGGCAGCGGCGGGCCUGAGGCGAAGGAGCGGCCGGGAGCCCGCCGCGCUGGUAGCGAUAUUAAUAAGGCAGCGGAAAGAAGAAAUAUGAAUACGGCUCCAUCAAGACCCAGCCCCACACGAAGAGAUCCAUAUGGUUUUGGAGACAGUCGAGAUACAAGACGUGAUCGAUCCCCAAUUCGAGGAAGUCCAAGGAGAGAACCCAGGGAUGGCAGAAAUGGCCGAGAUGCUCGGGAUAGCAGAGACAUGCGAGACAUGCGAGACAUGCGAGAUCCCCGAGAUUUGCGGGACCACAGAGAUAGCAGAGACAUGCGGGAUCACAGAGACAGCAGAAGUAUGCGUGAUGCUCGGGACCUGAGGGAUCUUAGAGACUUUCGUGACCUAAGAGACUCUAGGGAUUUUCGAGAUCACCGGGACCCCAUGUAUGACAGAUACAGAGAUAUGAGAGACUCCCGAGAUCCUAUGUACAGGAGAGAAGGCUCAUACGACCGAUACCUGCGAAUGGAUGACUAUUGCAGGAGGAAGGAUGACUCUUACUUUGACCGUUACAGAGAUAGCUUUGAUGGACGAGGCCCUCCAGGCCCAGAAAAUCAGUCUCGUGCAAAAGAGCGUUUGAAACGUGAGGAACGGCGUAGAGAAGAGCUUUAUCGUCAAUAUUUUGAGGAAAUCCAGAGACGAUUUGAUGCCGAGAGGCCUGUUGAUUGUUCUGUGAUUGUGGUCAACAAGCAGACUAAAGAUUAUGCUGAAUCUGUGGGGCGGAAGGUUCGAGACCUAGGCAUGGUAGUGGACUUGAUCUUCCUUAACACAGAGGUGUCACUGUCACAAGCCUUGGAGGAUGUUAGCAGGGGAGGGUCUCCCUUUGCUAUUGUUAUCACCCAGCAACACCAGAUUCACCGCUCCUGUACAGUCAACAUCAUGUUUGGAACCCCACAAGAGCAUCGCAACAUGCCCCAGGCAGACGCCAUGGUACUGGUGGCCAGAAAUUAUGAGCGCUACAAGAACGAGUGCCGGGAGAAGGAGCGUGAGGAGAUUGCCAGGCAGGCCGCCAAGAUGGCGGACGAAGCCAUCCUCCAGGAAAGAGAGCGAGGAGGCCCUGAGGAAGGCAUGCGCGGGGGGCACCCUCCAGCCAUCCAGAGCCUCAUCAACCUGCUGGCAGAUAAUAGGUACCUCACUGCCGAAGAGACUGACAAGAUCAUCAACUACCUGCGAGAGCGGAAGGAGCGGCUUAUGAGGAGCAGCACCGACUCUCUGCCUGGUGAGCUACGUGGCAGGGCCGAGGCCCGAUUUCCCGUCAACCACUCGGGGCGUCCUCGGGUGCCUCGCUGAAGACGCAGCCAAGCUCCCAACCGCUCCAGAGCGGUCAAGUGCUCCCCUCCGCUACACCCACUCCAGCUGCAGCCCCCACCUCCCAGCAAGAGCUUCAGGCCAAAAUCCUCAGCCUCUUCAAUAGUGGCACAGUUGCGGCCAAUAGCAGCUCUGCAUCACCCUCAGUUGCUGCCGGAAACACCCAGAACCAGAAUUUCUCCACAGCAGCCAACAGCCAGCCUCAGCAAAGAUCACAGGCCUCUGGCAAUCAGCCUCCAAACAUUUUGGGACAGGCAGGAUCUGCUCGGAACAUGGGCCCCAGGCCUGGGGCUCCGUCCCAAGGGCUCUUUGGCCAGCCUUCCACGCGCCUGGCACCCGCCAGCAACUUGGCUAGCCAGAGGCCUGUGUCUUCCACCGCUAUCAACUUUGACAAUCCAAGUGUACAGAAGGCUCUGGACACCCUGAUCCAGAGUGGCCCUGCUCUCUCCCAUCUGGUUAGCCAGACCACAGCACAGGUGGGGCGGCCCCAGGCUCCCAUGGGAUCAUACCAGAGGCAUUACUGAGGCUAAAUAUCACCUACCCCUGGUCCCUCAUCCCCUGGCCUCCCACCUGUUGCGUUCCAAAUAGAAUCGUUUGGAGGAUGUUCUCUGCACCUCUCCAGGUCCACGUCGAAUGUCAUGGGUUUCUACCACCUGCUCUCUUCUGCCCAAGGCUGUGUUGCUUAUUCCUCCCAGAGUCAAGAGUUUAUACUGCAUUGGGGGUGUAUUUUUUGUUGUUGUGGGGGGGGAGCUGUUUUGUUUUGUUGGGGAGUGGGUUUUGUUAGAAAAUAAAUAUCUCUGGGGUCAUGGGCA